AACAGCGCGCCUCCAAGAAGAAGCACCAACGGCAGCAAACAGAGCCAAAAAAAAAACGAAAAGAAAAAACAUUUCCGCGGACGUGGAAGCAAACUAUUGUUUUGCUAUGUUAAUAAGUUAAUUCAACCCAAACUACCUGAAGAGCAAAGCGAAAGACAAGCACUGCCACACGGACAGAUUUUUUUGUUGUCCGAGGGUAAACCACGUCUGCAGCUGAUAUACUCUAACCACUAGGCCACCAGAAACAGCUGGAGAAGCACCUGAGCAAACACACGAGGUCGCCGCUAUCAAUUGGGAGUACUAGCUGCACUCCAUGAGAACCCAAGAGCUUCGGGUAACGGACACGUAACCACGGAUACCGCACGGAUAUCUAUCCGGCCAAGAUGCGGCGACCCAAUCUCAAAUGGAUCGUGAAGACGGCCCUACUGGUGCUCGUCUCUCUCACGCUGUUCAUACUCAUCACCAGCUGGAUCUCCUCCAGUCCGUACACCAACAAGGUGGUUCAUCAUGGCGCUGAGCCGGAACCGGAACAUCAUGGCGUGGAGCCUGUCCCGGAGGCCGCAGCACGUUCGGGUGGCGUUCAGAAGAUGCCAGUAGUAAAACACAAGCAGCCCGAGCCUAAAAACGAUCCAGAACCUGACUUUGAAGCUGAAGCUGAGCUACAGAAGAUCGACGAGCCCGAACCUGAGCAGGAGAAUGUGCAAAAUCCGCGGACCGCUAAGCAGUCAGAGAAUGAAAUACUGCAGGUGGCACCGCCCGUCGAUACGACGGUGAAGAAGGAUUGGCACGACUAUACGGCCAUGGCCAGGGAUGCUUUACGUGUGGGCCUCGGCGAGAAGGGUAAACCGGCUAGUCUGGACGACGAAUCGCAGCGCGAUGUGGAGCACCGAAUGUCCCUGGAGAACGGCUUCAAUGCCCUGCUCUCCGACUCCAUAUCGGUCAACCGAUCUGUGCCCGACAUCCGUCAUAAGCUGUGUCACAAAAAGGAGUAUGUAACCAAGCUACCCACGGUUAGUGUGAUCAUAAUUUUUUACAACGAAUACCUGAGCGUCCUCAUGCGAUCCGUGCACAGUCUUAUCAAUCGUUCACCGCCGGAGCUGCUCAAGGAGAUUAUACUGGUGGACGAUCACAGUGAUCGUGCUUAUUUGGGUCAUGAUCUGGAGGCAUACAUUAAGGAUCACUUCAUUAUUGUCCGAGUUGUGCGAUUGCCCAGGCGCACAGGCUUAAUCGGAGCCCGUUCGGAGGGAGCUAGAAAUGCCACAGCCGAGGUCCUCAUCUUUCUGGACUCUCAUGUGGAGGCCAACUAUAACUGGCUACCACCGUUGCUGGAACCGAUUGCACUGAACAAGCGUACGGCAGUGUGUCCCUUCAUUGAUGUUAUUGCCCACGAUACUUUCCAGUAUCGGGCACAGGACGAGGGGGCACGUGGUGCCUUCGAUUGGGAGUUCUUCUACAAGAGGCUGCCGCUGCUAGACGAGGAUCUGAAGCAUCCAGCGGAUCCAUUCAAAAGCCCUGUCAUGGCUGGCGGAUUGUUUGCCAUAUCCACGGAGUUCUUCUGGGAACUGGGCGGCUAUGACGAGGGACUGGACAUUUGGGGCGGUGAGCAGUAUGAAUUGAGCUUCAAGAUCUGGAUGUGCGGUGGUGAGAUGUACGAUGCUCCAUGCUCCCGCAUCGGACAUAUAUAUCGUGGUCCAAGGAAUCAUCAGCCGAGUCCACGAAAGGGCGAUUAUCUGCAUAGGAACUACAAACGCGUGGCUGAGGUUUGGAUGGAUGAGUACAAGAACUAUUUGUAUAGCCACGGGGAUGGUCUCUACGAGCGCGUAGAUGCCGGCGACUUGACCGCUCAGAAGGCCAUUCGCACUAAGCUAAAAUGCAAAUCCUUCAAGUGGUUCAUGGAGGAGGUUGCCUUCGAUUUGAUGAAGACCUAUCCCCCCAUAGAUCCGCCAGCGUACGCACUGGGAGCCCUACAGAAUGUGGGCAAUGAUCGUCUCUGCAUGGACACGAUGGGCAGGAAGAAGCACAAUCGCAUGGGAAUGUAUGCUUGUGCCGAUGACAUUAAGACGCCGCAGAAGACACAGUUUUGGGAGCUGAGCUGGAAGCGAGAUUUGCGACUGCGGCGGAAAAAGGAGUGCCUCGAUGUUCAGAUCUGGGAUGCCAAUGCGCCCAUUUGGCUGUGGGAAUGCCAUGGCCAAGGAGGCAAUCAGUAUUGGUACUACGACUAUCACACGAAGCUAAUGAAGCACGGCACGGAUGGCAAGCGGUGCCUGGAGCUGCUGCCCUUCACCCAGGAGGUGGUGGUCAACCGAUGCGAUGCCGGCAAUGUGUACAUGCAGUGGAAUUUCGGCUCGUUCAACAAAACGGCGCUGGACGACUACUCCAAGGAGCUGGUGCUCAACCUUUAAUCGCUGCACAUGCAACGUAGCGAUUGGAAUCACUUGCCAUGUACUUAACGAUGUUCGAUGUAAAUAAUUAGGCUAUAGAUAGAUUUAAAGGCUCUAUUUGGCCCGAAAUACAAUUUUUCACGACUCAAACGCA